GCAGACCCGGCUGGAGUGGAGCGCCCGGGGCCGGGGGUCGGAGGCCGCCAUGAACUUCUCCGAGGUGUUCAAGCUCUCCGGCCUGCUCUGCAAGUUCUCCCCGGACGGCAAGUACCUGGCUUCUUGCGUCCAGUACCGCUUAGUGGUCCGGGAUGUGCACACCCUCCAGAUCCUUCACCUGUACACGUGCCUGGACCAGAUCCAGCACAUCGAGUGGUCGGCGGACUCCCUCUUCAUCCUGUGCGCCAUGUACAAGCGGGGGCAGGUUCAGCUUGACGCGCGUGCGCUCAUGUGUUGUGGGUCUGCGUUUCUGUCCGUUGCGAAUCCAGGUGUGGUCCCUGGAGCAGCCGGAGUGGCACUGCAGGAUCGACGAGGGCUCGGCCGGACUGGUGGCCUCCUGCUGGAGCCCCGACGGCCGCCACAUCCUCAACACAACCGAGUUCCAUCUGCGGAUAACUGUCUGGUCCUUGUGCACAAAGUCCGUGUCUUACAUCAAAUACCCCAAAGCCUGUCAGCAGGGGGUCUCCUUUACCCGGGACGGCCGCUACAUGGCGCUGGCGGAGCGGCGCGACUGCCAGGACCACGUGAGCGUCUUCGUCUGCAGCGACUGGCAGCUCCUGCGGCACUUUGACACAGAGACCCAGGACCUUGCAGGGAUUGAGUGGGCCCCAAACGGCUGUGUGCUGGCAGUGUGGGACACCUGCCUGGAGUACAAGGUCCUGCUCUACUCCUUGGACGGCCGGCUCUUGUCCGCAUACUGUGCCUACGAGUGGUCCCUGGGCGUCAAGUCUGUGGCCUGGAGCCCCAGCAGUCAGUUCCUGGCCAUCGGAAGCUAUGACGGGAAGGUGCGCAUCCUUAAUCACGUGACUUGGAAAAUGAUCACAGAGUUCGGGCACCCAGCCACCAUUAACAAUCCCAAAAUAGUCGUGUACAAGGAAGCCGAGAAGACUCCGCGGCUGGCGCCGGGCCGCCUGGCCUUCCCCCCGCCCAGAGCAGCGGCCGGCGUGGCCUCCCCCGCGGAGACCAAGUAUGAGAUCGCCUCCGUGCCAGUCUCCUUACAGACCCUGAAGCCUGUUGCCGACAGAGCGAACCCGAAAAUCGGCAUCGGAGCGCUGGCCUUCAGCCCGGACAGCUACUUCCUGGCGACGAGAAGCGACAGUGUCCCGAACGCCGUCUGGAUCUGGGACAUUCAGAAGCUGAGGCUCUUCGUGGUGCUGGAGCAGCUGUCCCCCGUGCGCUCCUUCCAGUGGGACCCGCAGCAGCCCCGGCUGGCCAUCUGCACGGGAGGCGGCAAGGUGUACCUGUGGUCGCCAGCGGGCUGCGUGUCUGUGCAGGUGCCUGGGGAAGGUGACUUUCAGGUGCUUUCUCUGUGCUGGCAUUUAAACGGGGACUCACUGGCCCUCCUCAGUAAGGACCACUUCUGCCUGUGUUUCCUGGAAACCGAGGACAGGGUUGGCACGGCCUUUGGACGACCAGGUGACCACACGUAGGACCUGCGAGUGCCCAGGCCCGGCCGAGACGAGAGAACACCGCGGCAUGUGGCAGCUACGGGGAAGGUGCAGGGCUUCUGGGGCUUGGGGGGUGUUCCACAACAGUGGCCCAGAUGAAAUGACCGGCUUUUAUUUUUGUAUAGCAUUCCUGUAAAUAUGUAUGGUAUGAAACUAAUUUUUAUUUAAAAUAAACAUUUGCUAACUCA